AUUCUAAAUUUCGAAAUUUAGAAAUCGAAUUAAUCCUCCGCUUAAUGGUUUAUCAGUCUCACUCUCCCGCUCGCUGCUACUACUAUUAAAGAAAUGAUCGAGGAAGAAGUGGUAGUAGCAGUGGUACCCUAGCUGUAAAGAAGAAGAUCCCGUGAAUCUGAUCUCUAACCCUUUCUCAAUGGAAGACCAGAGAGUGUUGGAUCUGGUGAAACAGCUAGUUGUCCGCUUACUUUCUCCCAAUCCGAACAGUUCGGAACAGUCGAUCCAUUCGAUCGACAUCGACAAAUCGCUCAAGUAUGCAAUGCGUAUCCUCGGAACUCGAAUGACGCCUUCCAUCUCCAUCGACGAAGCCGCCAUGGCUGAAUCCAUCAAGCGCAACUUCGUCAACCAAGGUAAGUCUUCCGAAGCCCUAACAUUUGCCGAUCUCUACUCCAAGUUCUCCUUUAAGUCCGGCCCUGGCAGUAUGCACAACAAGUGGGCUGUGCUUUACCUUCUUAAAGUCAUCUCCGAAGAUCGACGCAAAGAGAAGAGAUCUGAUUCUAGGGUUUCUUCUGCUUUCUUAUCCUCCACCGUCUCUGGGGGUCUCCCUGUAUUGUUUGAAAACGACAGGGGUAGUCGGAACCAGAAGCCUCCCGAUAAGGGUUGGAAUGGUGGGGUUUUGCUGGUCUCCAAGGAUCCUGACAAUCUUAGGGAUAUUGCCUUUCGGGAGUUCGCGGAUUUGUUGAAGGAAGAAAGUGAUGUCUCGGAGAGUCAUUUGGUUAGGGAUGUCUUAUAUGCUUGUCAAGGGAUAAAUGGCAAGUAUGUGAAAUUCGAUAAGAGUAUUGACGCUUAUGUGCUCCCGGAUUCGAUUAAAGUGCCCAGAGCCACCAGAAUUAUGGUUCGGAAGCUCUGCGAGUUGGGUUGGUUGUUUAGGAAAGUUAAAGGUUAUAUCUCGGAGAGCAUGGAUAGGUUUCCUGCUGAGGAUGUUGGAACAGUAGGGCAAGCCUUUUGUGCCGCAUUGCAAGACGAGCUAGCCGAGUAUUACAAAUUAUUGGCUGUCCUAGAAGCGCAGUCCAUGAAUCCCAUCCCCUUGGUUUCCGAGGUGGCCAACUCGGGUAAUUAUCUCUCGCUGAGGAGGUUGUCAGUUUGGUUUGCAGAACCGAUGGUGAAGAUGAGGCUGAUGGCUGUCCUGGUUGACAGUUGCAGGGUUUUGAGGGGUGGUGCAAUGGCGGGUGCAAUCCAUAUGCACUCCCAGCAUGGAGACCCUUUGGUUCAAGACUUCAUGAGGCGUCUGCUUCGUCGGAUAUGCUCUCCAUUGUUUGAAAUGGUGAGGAGUUGGGUCUUGGAGGGGGAGCUGGAUGACAUUUUUGCCGAGUUCUUUGUUUUGGGACAGCCUGUAAAAGCUGAAUCACUAUGGCAGGAAGGAUACAGACUGCACGCAGGAAUGCUUCCCUCUUUCAUUCCACAAUCCCUCGCUCAAAGGAUUUUGAGAACUGGGAAGUCAAUAAACUUUCUCCGAGUCUGUUGUGAGGAUCAAGGUUGGGCUGACGCUGCAACAGAAGCAGCAGCUGUAGUUGGGACAACAACUAGGAGAUGGGGGCUGGGGUAUGGCGAAAUUGAUGCACUCGAGUCUCUGGUAAUUGAAGCGGCCAAGAGGAUAGAUAAGCAUCUGAUGGAUGUCAUGUACAAUAGGUAUAAGUUUAAGGAACAUUGUCUUGCAAUUAAGCGCUAUUUGCUCCUUGGGCAAGGUGAUUUUGUUCAGUAUCUAAUGGAUACUGUGGGGCCUGAGCUUUCAGAACCUGCAAAUACUAUCAGCUCAUUCAAACUAGCUGGGUUGCUGGAAAGUGCAAUCCGGGCAUCGAAUGCACAGUAUGAUCAUGACAAACUGGACAGGUUAAGGGUCAAGAUGAUGCCUCAUGGUACCGGAGACAGGGGUUGGGAUGUUUUCUCCUUGGAGUAUGAGGCAAGAGUUCCCCUAAAUACUGUAUUUACUGAAUCUGUCAUGGCACGGUAUCUUAGAAUCUUUAAUUUCCUUUGGAAGCUUAGACGCGUUGAGCAUGCCCUGAUAGGAGCUUGGAAGACAAUGAAGCCGAACUGUAUUUCUUCUAACUUUUUCUUGAAGCAAGAAGGUUCCAGUAAACUGCAAUUCACGUUAGCGCUGCGGCGGUGCCAAGCUCUUUGGGAUGAGAUGAAUCAUUUCGUCACAAAUCUGCAAUAUUAUAUAAUGUUUGAGGUUUUGGAAGUGUCAUGGUCCAAUUUUUCCAAUGAAAUGGAGGCUGCAAAAGAUCUUGAUGACCUGCUUGCAGCACAUGAGAAAUAUCUCCAUUCUAUUGUAGAAAAGUCCCUUCUUGGGGAGUGCUCCCAAACCCUUUCUAAGACGCUGUUUGUAUUAUUUGACCUUAUAUUGCAGUUCCGUAGUCAUGCUGAUCGUUUAUAUGAAGGUAUCCACGAGUUGCAAGCAAGAACGAUGGACACUUCUUUGUCCUCUCGGACGAGAAGCAGAUCAAAAUCAAAAUCAAAUAAUGAAUCCUCAGGCUAUGGGACACGUGUUGGUGGGGGCAGGAAGGCCCUAACACAUCGUGCUGGAGAAUUUCUUCGAAACAUGCGAGAAGACUUGGACACAAUUGCAAAAGAGUAUUCAUCACUACUUGAAGGGUUCAUAGCACAAUUACCUGUGCAGCAACAUGUUGAUUUGAAGUUCCUUCUAUUCCGUUUAGACUUCACCGAAUUCUAUAGUCAUCAACGUCUUUGUACAUAAUUAAACUGAUUGAGUGAAAGUUUUCAAAUGGAGUGCCUCUGCAAAUGAAAGUUCCACUGGCAAAGGAACCUCAUUUGCUAUUUUCUGCAGCUUCAAGUCAAUAACUUCAUUAGAGUGGCUGGCUUAUUGGGACCGACAAGGUCCACACUAUGGCUCCAGACACUGAUAUUUACACCUUUCUGAUGGAUUGUGUGGAAGUUUACUGAAGUGAAUGUCAGAGACAGGACUUUAUGAGAAGAAGUGACUUCAGGUGUAUGACAUAAUGUUGAGACAUGGAGCUGUGCAGCCACUUUGCAUCAAGUGUGGGCUAUCGUUUCUGAUGGAGACACUCUGGAUUGAAUGGGUUUGAUAAAACCUCAUACAUGGCUUUGUCUUCUAGUGUAUAAUUUACCCUCCCAGUGCUGGUCGAUGUGGUUGAAGAUACAAAGGUGCUAGUGUAUGUGGCUGAAGAUCCUCAAAUCUGGAGACCUUGUGAAACUCAUGCUUCAGACAGAACCUUGGGUGGUUGUAGAUUCAGUGUAGAAUUGGGCCUCCUGAGUGCUCGUGGGUGUGAAGGAAGGUUCUAGAACCUAGAGUAUUGUGAAAAAGCUUUUGAAGAACAUUGGAGAUGGUGAAAACAGAAUUUUGGGUUUGUCUUUCAGCAGCCCGCGUGGGUGCUGUAUGAUGAUAUCUCUUUCAUAAAUUAACAUUUUGAAGUGCUCUUGUGGUGGAAGUUGCUACCCUUACCAAAUGGGAGUUGGCUCCAUUUCUUCUGGUCCUAUCAAGGCUUGUGGGUUCUGGAGAAGACUCCAACAGUUAUGCUGCUUGCAUGUCAGAGAUGAUGUCGUACGGAUCCUUUGGGGGUUGCAUUGAAUGCUAUCUUUAUGGUCUGAGCCUGGAUAGAGAAAGGCUGUUUGCUUUCAAAACAUCUACUUCAGCACAGUUUAUUUACAGGGUUGGUGCCCUGGCCUGCUUGGUAGACUAAGAUCUGAGCAUAAGAACAUUAAGUUUAAAAUACGACCCUGACCUGCAUUAUCUGUAGAACAACAUUGAGGACCAUGGUUUGAACAAUUGGAAUUGAAUCAGAUCGGGUGAAUCUACCAAUUCGAAUUAGCAUCAGCGGAGCCUGAUCCCAAUUCUGACUGACUCUUUAAAGCUUGAGUCGAACGUGUGAUCUGAAUCAAUCUGAUCUGGAAUGAACGAUUCUCCUGAUUAACCUGCAACUCACCGGCAUGGCAUUGAGAACAUUGUCACCAUCUCUGCAUCUUCAAGGUCUUUGUCACUUUCAUUUUAAUCUGAAUAAUGAAAUGAUGAAUUAUUAUUACAACUACACCCGUUGAUCCUAUUCCUGGUGCAUGGAUGCUAAUCGGAAGAGGUACUGUGAGCUACUAUGCUUGCUCUUCUUCUUCUGCGGUUGGCGUGAAUUCUUUUGAGCAAUAGCAAAGUAUUUGUUCAUGAUCAUUUCAGCGGGACUGUCAUCUUGUCUGUCAAGGCGUCUGAACUAAUAUUCCCUGGAUUAAACUAUGACGGAAUACAAGACAUUGUACACCAACAGCUGCAGCAUAGGAAACCUUGAUCGGUCUGUUAAGAGAGAUAAAAUUGAGGAUUUGUGUUGAGUGAAGAUGAUAUCCACCUCUGAGUCAUGUCCAAUGCUCAUCUCUGAUGAAGAUCGGCCUGAAAUCAGCUCCGUGUUUGAUCCUAGAGAGAGAGAAGCAUUGCCUAUUCUUUGAAUGUGAUUACAUUGCAAGGGUUGAAAAUGAUUUAGUAAUCUGAAAGCUGAUCAUUCAACAGACCACUGAUUAGUUCCAAAAUGAUGAAUAACUCUCCAAUGAACUAUCCUAUUCUCUGCUAAAAAAUGUGAAACUUUUUCAUGGAAAAAACACUUAAAAUGGCACACCUAAAGGCCCAUUUGGUUGCAAGGAAAAAGAGUUCUCUAUCUCGGAGCAUGGUCUCUGCAUUAGUGCAUAAGUCAAUGGGAGUGCAUAUAGAAGCAUCAACAGGGUGAACAUUAUUACUUUUCCUAGAUCAUGGGAUAGUCAUUUUGCUCUCAUGUGUCUGGAUGUAACUCUCUCCCUUCUUUUUUUGGUAGAAAAAGGAAAUCUUUUGAUUAUGAUGGAUGCAUGCGUGUGACCUGCAACUAAGGGUGCCCCCACACUCCCUUGAUAAACUAUUUAUUCAUAACUUAAUUUCUUAUCAUA